GGGCAGGAGCCGGCGAGCAGGUGGGGGCGGCGGCCCCGCCUCCGCGUCCCGGCAGCACCAGAGCUGGCGGCCGGGGAGCGAGCGGGGCGCACCGAGCGCGGCGCGGCCGCAGAGACGCAGCCCGGAGCACCGGCGCUGCGGGACGGAGCCCGGGGCCGCGGGACGGCGGCGGCGGGGACGGCGGCAGGAGCGCGCGGCCAGCGGCAGGCCAUCCGUAACACCACAGGGCCCUCAACCUGCCUGACUGUCCCUUAUUGCACCCGAGUUCCUGGAGAGCAGAGCAGAAACCACUCUCUUGGAACCAUUCAUAAGCAAGAGACACCAACUCCGUGACGUAUGCCCGUGCCACCACCACCACCACCUCCUCUGCCUCCACCUCCCCCGCCUCUGGGGGCUCCUCCCCCUCCCCCACCUCCAGCACCCUCGGUAAGCACUGACUCUUCCAGCUUGAGAAAGGCAGAUCCGAAAGGUCGGAGUGCGUUAUUGGCUGAUAUCCAGCAAGGAACUCGCCUGCGAAAAGUCACGCAGAUCAAUGACCGCAGCGCGCCGCAAAUUGAGAGUUCUAAAGGAACCAACAAAGAAGGAGGAGGUUCUGCAAACUCCCGAGGCGGGAGCACACCCCCAGCCCUGGGAGAUCUGUUUGCUGGUGGCUUCCCUGUGUUGCGACCAGCAGGCCAGAGAGAUGCAGCAGGUGGCAAGACAGGGCAGGCCCCUGGCUCCCGAGCGCCUUCUCCCAGGCUUCCCACUAAAACCAUCAGCGGCCCACUUAACACCCCUGCAUCUCCCAGGCUAGGCAGUGCCACCGAGGCGCACGGCCCUGCCAGGACAGUCCCUCCUCGCCCCAGCGUGCCCGCCCCACCUCCUCCCACCCCGCCCCCUCCUCCUCCACCCCCACCCCUGCCACCUUCUUCCCCCAUCAAAGCCACGCUGGUGUCCCCACCUGGCCCACCAACCAAAGGGAACCCCCCAGUGGUUGCACCCCCUCUCCCCUGCGUCCCCCCGCCUCCACCUCCACCCCCUCCCCCAACCCCACCCCCGCUGCCAGGGGCCCCCGUCCUCAGUGACAAGGCAGUGAAGACUCAGCUAGCCCCGUUGCACCUACCGCCCAUCCCGCCCCCGCUCCCUCUCCUCCCGCCUUGUGGGUACCCCGGGCUCAAUGCGGAGCCUGCCAGCCCCGCCCAAGAUGUGCCUCCUGCCCCGCCACCCCCACCGCCGCUCCCCGUCUAUGCCUCGUGCUCUCCCAGGGCUUCUGGGCCAGCGCCACCUGUGCCGGGCGCAGGUAACAGCAGUGAAGCGCCACCCCCGCUGCCCCCCAAGUCCCCCAGCUUCCAGGCUCCGCCGCAGAAGCCCAGCGUGCAGGCCUUGCCCGCGCCGCCGCCCGCCCCUCCGGGGUCGCAGACGUUCCUGCAGAAGAAGAGGCACGGCCGAGGCCCAGGGACCAGUGGGGGAAAGCUAAAUCCACCCCCGGCACCCCCCGCAAGAUCACCCACCACAGAGCUUUCAAGCAAGAGCCAGCAGGCCCCAGCCUGGACCCCGACCCAGCAGCCUGGAGGCCAGCUGCGAAACGGAAGCCUGCACAUCAUCGAUGAUUUUGAGUCUAAAUUCACGUUCCAUUCUGUGGAAGAUUUUCCGCCUCCGGAUGAAUAUAAGCCAUGCCAGAAGAUUUACCCCAGCAAGAUCCCCAGAAGCCGUACACCUGGUCCCUGGCUCCAGGCCGAGGUGGCCGGGCAGAGCCCUGAUGACAUCAAAGGCAGAAAUUCUCAGUUAUCUCUAAAGACACUCCGGUGAGAAGACGAUGAAGCUGGGGUCCUUGGGUUCCACAUUUCAGGACGGGCACUUCCAGGAGAACGUGCCAGACCCCACCAUACUCAACUGUAAUUCGGUUGACAUACAGGCUCUGAAUAGUGCAUCUAUUUAUUGUAAAUACGUGGUUUGCACGGGCUUUAAAGCAGUAUUUUAGUUGACUUUUAUUUCAGUAAUAUUUUUUAAAACCCCCAGCAUUUCUCCAUGUUGAAAAUGCAUCUUGGCAUUUGUCUGUCAGUACAGAUAGAACCCUGUCCCACCCUAUAGUGUCCAUUCCAUGACUGGAAAUAUGCUUGUGGGCUGGCCCUUCCUAGUUUCUGAAUCUUUGUUAGAGAGUCCUUAGUUUGCAGGUAGUCCCAAAGUCCUAAGUAUACACAACAGCUUCUUAUUGGCAUGAUUUUAUAUUCUCAUGGCAUCAACUGCAAAAUCACACCAAAUAAUGCCUUAUAAAUGAUACAGCUCAGAGAAAACAGUGUGCCCCCACACCCAGACGCCGCCGUGCAGCCUCCAGUGAACGAGAUGCCACGUCUCGCUUCCGUGUUGCAGUACAGGGAUAUUUUUCUUUGCUGCCUAAUGUAAAUAUAUCACAAAGUAAAGGCAGGAGUGGGCCUGGCCCCCUCCAGUGCCGACCGCAGGGCCCCUUUUGUAACUGAGUAAUCCUACAAGUAGCCACUGCUCUUACUGUUUACAGUGCCCAGGUGUCUGUCACUGUCCUGUCCCUUCCAAGUUCCUGGUAGCCUGGAUAAGUUCAGCUUUAUGACAUUUUGGUAUUUUUUUUCCCUGCAAGUUAAAAACAUACACUACUCAUAGUAAACCACUAAUUCUAUCUCAGAGGUCUCCCCCACCCCGAGUGCAGGAUUUCCACGGAAAAGUGUAGAACUAAACGGUUCGUGAAAUAUCUGCCUCAAAUAUCUGGUGCCCACCCCCACCUUUAGGAACCACCCAUCAGGCAAAACCCUUCUAAGCUAGAGGAGAAGCUGAGUGUCCUGAUGGCUCCCCAUUUCCUUGUGGCGGGCACUUCUCUGUGGGGAAAAAUGUGUGCCAGCUCAGCACCCCUUCAUAUUCACCCUUUUCUUGAGCCAGCAAGGGGGUGGAAGUGUGUUUUGCUUACUGCCUAACCCCAAAUGCUGCCCAUCCUUGGAGGGGGGGAAGUCUGUGACAGAUGAAGGGGAGAAAAUAGAAGGAAACAGACUGAUCCCUGGGCUGUGCUCAAAAUAGCUACAGAUUAAAGAAAAUCAGGGAGCUAGGGGGUAGAGAACAGGGAAUAAUAAGUUUGCUUUGGAACAAUCCACUUACACCUUAAGUCAAACCAUCACACCCUGAUCAAACCAUCCAGAAAAGUAGACGGUUAGGAGGGUUUUGGCAAACGUGACUGCAUAUACCCAGCUGUUGUCUGGAGUAAAGAUUAAUCUGGUGUCCUGUAUCAGUGCUGUGCUUUCUCAUCCCAGAGAAAAGCAACUGAGCCAAGGUCAAGUUCCCUUCUCUGGGGACUGAAUCAAGCCAAAUUCUAACAGCUAAAUCAAUGGAAAAGAAGCUUUUGCAGGUCAUCAGCUCUGGGCAUAAGUGAUUUGUUGUAUUGGUUCUGGAAGGUUUCUGAAAGGUCAGAAUAUCUCUCUUAUAAGAGUAUCCACUCUACCUCCCUCCCAGUUGUGUAAAAUAAUUACAAAAGUUUUAGUGAUCAUGAUGAAGAAAGCCCUAGACAAAGGCAAUUCCACUUUCAGAGCAGACUGCCUGCCCUGAUGAGAUGUUUACACAUUCAUGUUCCACACUGCUGAGAUAGAAAUUAAAAAGAAACUAUGUAAGGACAGAGGGAAGGAACAAGCAGAAACCAAAAAAAUGGCAAUUAGGGAGAAAUCUCAGGAAUCUGGAAUCACAUCUCUUCUCAAGACCUGUCACUGAAUUCCCGACCCUCCUGUCACUGAGGGAGUGCACAGAGCUCGCUCAGCAGAGAAGAUCUAGCCCUGACCAUGAACUCACACAAAGAGGCAUCCGAGUAGCAGAGCCCUGCCAGCCUCACCCAGUCUCACUGACACUCUGGUCUGUGGCUCCCCCAAAGUUUCACAUGUAUUUUGUAUUUAUUGAUGUCUCCCUCUGCAGAUUCAUUUCUCUGUAGCUAAUAAACUUUAUUUAAUAAGUGGAAA